AUGGCAACCCUGAAUGAGACAUCAGGAGUUCUUACUAGUCCUUACUAUCCAAUGAGUUAUCCUUCUAACGAGAAAUGCAGCUGGAAAAUUAUAGCAAGUAAAGGAGAACGGAUUUUGUUGUUCAUUGAAGACAUUUCUAUUGCGGACUGUGGUUCAUCUUGCACGUGUGACUACUUGGAAAUACAAAAUGGCUCAUCCUCUGAUGGCAUUUCAGACAGGCGAAGAUGUGGCGGUGAAGACCGUGGAAUAGUAUACCAUUCGGUAAAAGAUGUCCUGAGGGUGACGUUUGUUUCUGAUAGUGGUCCUCGCUGGGGUUUUCGUGGAUUUAAAGCAACUUACAUUAAAGUGAGAUAUAAUGCAACAAACACCGGUAAGUUAUUUAUCCCUUCUUCCACUUUAUUAAACAUAUAUCGUUCUCUUGUACAACCUUACUUGUCCUAUGGUAUAGCCGUCUAGGGCCAAGCUGCUGCUACAAAUUUGGAGAAAAUUGUAAUGCUUCCUGCAAAACGUGCCCUUCGAUUGAUUCAUUUCAAACCCUUUAGGUUCCACGCUGUACCUCUGUUCAAAUUGUCUAAUGUUCUCCCUCUUAAUUUUCGUUAUUUUCAAACAAUCUGACUUAUUAUGCAAGAUGUAUACUCAUUCACCUAUUCUUCAAAAGUACAUCAUCGUAAUACACGAUUUUCUGCGGCUGGCAAUUUCUAUAUUAAGCACGCGAGAACUGCCCAUAUGAAGAGCUCCUUUUCAAGAAUUGGUGCAAAAAUAUGGAAUGUACAGUAUUCCCGACAGUGAUCGUGCUCUACCUAAAUAUAAAUUUAAGAAUACCCUACAGAGUCAGCUACUGGAUAUUUUGAUACGGGAGGAUACUUAUGUUGGCGUGGGUACUUUAAUUGACAUAUUUAGUAAAUAUUAAUUUUUUAGUUUAAUUUCACUCAUACCUUGUUUCAUUUACAUAUUUUAAAGUAUAUGUAUUCACUGCCUAGUUGAUUUAAUAUGUUGAUGUUCGUGUAUCUGUUUAACUUAAUUAUUAUGACUCAACCCUAUUAUUGUAACUUUUUUACUUUUCCUUCCCUCCUCGAUUAACUAUAGGCUACUUUGCAGGCAAGGAUUAUUUAUAGCUUGUAUCAAAAGUGUUUUUAUGCCUUCCUUCACUCUCAAACAUAUUAAUUAAGGAGAUACAUUGCCUGAGCUUGUUUACUGGGCUCAUUAUCAAAGAGAUACACCAUAUGGAGUAAAAUGGGUAAGGGCAAAGGCCCAAAGCCGCCUAUAUUUAAAUUUCAACAUUCUAUUGUCUGAAAAACAUACUUUAAAUAUCAGCCCAGUAAAGGUGAGGGCACAAAAAAACGCCUAAACAAAAUUAUAUAUAUUUAUGUAUAAGCUCGACGAUAAUACGUAUCAGAGAGGUUGGGAAAAGGGGAGGAGGUGGGUAAAAACAGAAAGCGUCUUCACUCGAUGAAAGUGUGAAAAGAAUGAUCAGCAAUCGAUACUCGCCUCGAUUUCAAACGAGCUCAACUCCCUGGAGAAUAAUAAUAAUAAUAAAAUAAUAAUAAUAAUAACGAAUAUUUAUACAGGAUAACCCUUCAGUGCAAGAGCACUGUUAUCAAAGGGGUCCUGUCAUAAUAACAUAAUAUAAGGAUAAAAACUAAAAUAAGAUAAGAAUGACUACGCAACUAACUAACUACACUAUACAAAAAAUUGAUCUAAAGACUCCCUAAAUAGUAUCCUACAGCUAAUUUGCUUGAUUUUUAAAGGUAAAAAAUUAAAAGUUGAAGCACCUAAAAAGUAAAAACUUUUCCGAGCAAAGUCAAGUUUCACUUUCGGCAAAGCAAUGGUGGUCCCGCUGUUCCUCGUAUUAAAAUCGUGGAUUAAAAGAUUAAAAUAAUCUUUGAAAGGACUACAAACAUUGCCUUUUAGGCAAUCAAAAACAAAUAAACAAGCCUUUUUCUUUAAAAAAUUUUCAAUUGAGGGUAGACGGAGUUCACAGUUUAGACAUUUUGAGUUUUGCAGAAUAAUCCUGUGGCUUCGUUGUUCCAGGGUUCUUAUUUGGCACCUUCGUGUCUCUGACCAACUAAGCGUAAUUUGACCGCAAUAAGUAAAUAUGGGCAUUAUCAUUGCUCUGUAGAUUCGUUAAGCGCUUAAGGUGUCAGUGUUAGAACGGAUUCGUCGUAAUAAAUUCACUCUUCCUGCAGCUUUCUUGUAUGCUUUGUAAAAGUGCAUGUCAAGAUUUAAUGUAGGGUCCAGAUAGACACCUAGAUACUUGUAAAUUGUAGUCGUGUCAAUACGAGAUCCAUUUACUGAGAGGUUUAGUUCUUUGCCAUCGAAACCAAAAUAUGCUAAAAAUGUCCCACCCUAAUCCAUCUAAUAUGUCCCGGAUGUUGUCACGCCAACUUUCUUUUCAGCGUCACACAUUCAUAGAAAAGAUAUACUAAACAACAGUUCGGCAAAAAGGCAUAAAAAUUCUAUUUGCAAGCAAAUAUUCCAUUUAAUAAACUUGAACUUGAACUUGGAAAUCGGCUUUAAACGCAAAGUUAAAGGUUUAUGUGCAGGCGAUCAGGUGAUCAAUUUUCAGCAAGUUAUAUAAAACAUUAUUGCCUUAUAACAGGAAUAUAGCAACGGUACCAUUCAAAUACUUUACGGAGUACAACAACACAAACUAAAGUGCCGAUGAAACGCUAAAAAUUUUUAUUCGCAUGAUGUUAACAGUGUUUUGCUUUGUUUUUUAUGUUUAUCUAUUGCAACGCUUUCGAUUAAAUUGUUUUUUUUUUUGGUUCACAGAAAAAAAAACUCUUUGAUUUUGAAUUAUAAAGCUAAAUCAUGUUUAUUUCGCCUUGUUUCAGCUUGUACCUCCGGCAAAUAUCUUAAUGGAUUUAGUGGAUUCUUUUCAACUCCAAAUUUUCCAAGUAACUACCCUCAAUACAGCAAAUGUACCUGGAAUAUCACAGUUCCCAGCGGGUACAUCAUUAAACUUAGCUUCCUCUACUUUCGAUUGGAGCCAUAUCAGUACAUUCCCUGCUAUAAUGCUCCAGAGGCCCGUGUUACAGUCACAAAUGUUGCUUCAGAUGAUGGGUAUCAGCCGUUCAUGCUUUGCGGUCAGUCACUUCCUCAUCCAGUGUACUCGGUAGGGAAUUCCGUUCAAGUCAUAUUCACGUCUCUGAACAGUCAAUACCCAGGGUUUAAUGCAACUUACACGGCUAUCACUUAUAGUUCAGGUACUUGGUAUACAUUAUUUAUAAGACAUCAACGAUUGAGUUAAGAUUAAAAAAACAUCACCAAUAACAACUCGCCCUAUAAAACGUGAUCCAAGAAAGUCUUGGAUUCUGGAUUCCACGCUGUGGACUCUGGAUUCCAGGAACUGGAUUCCGGUUGUCAGUGGCAGUUAGAUUCCGGAUUUCAAUCAUAAGAGGGAUUCCGAAUUCCUGGAGUAGAAUUGUUCUACCGAUUUUGGUAUUCGAAUUACCUUACAUUGGGGGAAACGACAGUCAUAAACAAACAGAAAAAUUUAAAACAAUCAGAUUUUAUGGAGCUACUCACACUAUCAGGCAAUUUCUUCGGUACUUACUAACGUAUUACUGCUUGACAAUGUAGAAGAGCAAAAUAGGAAUAACGAAAUGCCAGAGGGAACACGAUUGGGUAAAACCAGAAACCCAUAAGGGGUUGAAACGUCUAACUCUCAUAUGUUUGCCUUGUCCGAUGCUCGUAAUUAUUCAUUUUCGAAAGUACCAUAUUUGGAACGAGAAGAAGAGAUAACUGACCAAUCAAACUUCGUAAACAACGUAACGUAAUUUUACGUCAUGUUCCCGCGCCCGCUUGAAAAAAAUGGCCGCCAAACGGGGGAAAAACUCCCGAAAGCCGAGAAAGCUUUCAAAGGUUGAAACCAGGAAUCUUACCGAAACACUAAGCAGGAUAUUAUUGCCUUACCACCCGGGCCAAACAUAACAUUAUGAAACCCGUUGACAACGCAACUUCUUGAAGUUGUCACUUCAAAAAACGAUGACCGUUUUUUCGUUGACCCUCUUCACAGUAAAUUUAUACUGCAAAUAGGUUUUUAAAAUUCUUAUAUUAAAAGUCUAGAAUAAACAGUGAAAAAUAUUUUCGAAUAAAAUUCAUUAGUUACGUAUUGAAAAGUGUCCAAAACCUGAACCUGAGAUCUUCACAAAAAGUGAUGCGUAUAAUGAAUGUGGAAGCAUUUAAGCUUAAAUUCAGGUUGAGCUGAUGUUGUAGUCACGAUCGUGUUUUGAGCCAAUUUUAUGAAUGAACAAACUCAAAACAAUAGACAGAGAAGCCGUUUCUUAAAAAGGUUUAUUCAAAAUCCAAAAAGUUAAUCCUUUAACGCAAUUCGGAAAACACUAUCUGGAUCGUGGAUCCGUUCACGCAAGUGAAAUCGGCUGAGCAUAUGGCAAAUUAAACACAAAAUCCAUCUCAAAUUGGGGCACACUUUGUAAUUUUUCUUUAGCGCCGAAGAGAGAAAUUUAUAAAACGUCUAUGAAACAUUUAAAAAUACGUAAAUUACCUUUCAAAAACGUAACUGUCUUGGCCAUAGAGUGCAAAAUGUACCUGAAAAUUCAGCAAAAACUUCACUGCCUUGGUUGCAUUUCAAAACAGACCAUGCGCUCCGUCGAGAAGAAAACAAGUUUGAAUUCCUCGAAGGACAAUUUCUCCACAAAAAGCUGAGCAUUCUUUUGAACUUUUUCUUUCCAUUUUUUUUCUUUCAACGGUGUAUUUUUAAACUUGAAAUGUAGAACUCUUGUCUUAAAACAUCUGCAUGGUGAUCGCGAGGCAGCCAUUUGUUGAAAAUGGAUAUCUGUCACUAAGGUUUCCAAAUAUGGUAAAAGUGAAUAUUCACGAGCAUUGAACGCGAGUUACACGUUUCAACCCCUUAUGAGUUUCUGGUAAAACUGCAUUCAUGUAAAUUUUGAAGAACAAAUUUGUUUCAAAUUUGUCUUUAUUUGUACGAAAUUCGGAUGCUCGAGAAUCAUCAGUUAUGUGGAGAUGACAAUUUUGUCAGCCAAAGAGGCCCCUUACGCCAAUUUUGAAGUUUAAAGCCCAAAGUUAACAAAUUAAGAAGGAUAAAAUUACCGAAAAUACCGUGGCUUAUAAACUCCUUAAAAUCACCAAGAAAUACUGCAAAAAAAUAGUGUUGUAGUAGUAGUAUUCGUAAUUGAUGGGAGGAAGAGACAUGUUUUGCUAACUAGCAGUAUUUUGUAUUUAAGCCCCCUUAUGAGUCUAGCAUGACAACAAUAUCUAUCUGAGUAUUUCAUGAAAGCUGAUUCACUAAGCCGUUUUCAGAUGGAUUCUGGGAUAUUGAGACGUCAGUAAAGAAGUGCUUUCGAAAAUAUUGGAGGAGGGGGGAGGGGAAGAGUCUGCUUUACCAAAAUAUGAAAGUGUUAAAAAGAAAAAAAAUUCUUUGGAAUAUUUUUUCGAAUAUGCUCCAAGAGAUGUGUGUAAUAUUCUUUUACAGUCUGUCCAAAUAUGACAACCGUGAAUGAGAUUUCAGGGGUCAUCACCAGUCCUUUCUACCCCAGAUAUAGUCCUUAUCAGAAACAAAGCUGCAGCUGGGAGAUCCGGGCAAGAAAAGGAAAACGAAUUGUAUUUACUAUUGAAGCUAUCAUGAAGUUUCAUUGGUCGUGCGCUGCAAGAUUGUAUUGCUUGUGCUUUUAUUUGGAAAUUCAAGGAGGAUCCAUUUCAGGCUACGAUGGUCCCAAGUGGCGUUUAUGUGCCCCUCUUUUUACAGCCAACGCAACGUACGAUUGGUUUAAAGAGCGAAUUAAAGUACUAGUUUUCUCCGACGGUAGUAUAGGAUGGAGCCCUAGAUUUAGAAUAUCAUAUACUCAAGUAAACUUCAGUGUAUCCGGUAAGUAAAUAUUGCCUAUUCCUGUUGUGGAAGUGAAAAUGAGAAAACCUUGACGCCAAGCUAAGGAUACAUCAUUCACUUAAGAUUCAGAUAACGACAAGUUUGUUUUUUUGCUUUUUGCUUUUGUUAGUUUGCUUGCUUUUAACAUUUGGGCAAUUCGCUUAAUAUCAUCUGGGUGGGGCAAACACCCCAUUUUCUCUGUGUCAUGUUUUGGUUGGUGACUAGUUAACUUAGACCCCACAUGGUGACCUAAAGGUCUGAGUUUCAGGCCUUUCUGGAGGAGAGGGGAAGAGAAGCGAAGGGGAGAAAGUGCCUAAUCUAAAAUCUCUUCUCUCCAAUAAGCUAUGGAAUGCCUAUUACUCAGGAUACAUCACUGCGUCACUUUUGAUCCUCUCUUAGGAUGUUCCAACUACACAACCCUCAAUGAGUCCAACAGAGCAAUGACAUACAACAGACGUAUUUCUUACCUAUGCGAUGCAAAUCUUAACGGAUGGUACAGAUUUAAUGGAGAGGCUGGAACGCAAAUGGCUGACUCUUGUGUCAACAUGUAUCAUUGCGGGACGGAGUCACCUGGAUGGCUCAACGGAACUCAUCCCGACUUAAAUGAUGGGGCCGUUAAACGCCAAGUGUGUUUUAGCUCUUUCGACAACUGUUGCCAUUAUUCAGAUGAAGUAACUGUACAAAACUGUGGAGGAUUUUACGUCUAUAAACUUGAAAGACAAUUCCAAUGCAAUCUGCGUUACUGCGGAAACGGAUUGCGGUAUGCACAAGGUAUUAACACAAAACAAAAUAAAAUAACAAUAACAACAAUUGUAAUAUCUCAGUGUUUGGUAGGUGUAUUUUCAUGCAUUUUCCCAUCAAUUUUCAAAAAUUCAUGCCUUGUUUUCCGGUGAAAUUGCAUUUUCCAGCAAAAUAAGAAUUAAGCAGUUUUUAAGAAAAUGAUAUUGCAGCAACUAUGGCUCAUAUAAUAGUAACUGACACUGAACAAGUAGACAAGAAUUUAACAGAUUGUGUUACAAGGAGUUUUCCUUUCUUUCAUAGAAUGUUACAACUACAAAGUUCUUAACGAGACCAGCAGAUCGAAAACAUAUAAUGGAUCUUAUUAUCAAUGCGAUCGUAUGCUGUCGGCCGACUGGUACAGAUUUGUUGGGGCAGCUGGAAAUCAAAUGGCAGAGUCUUGUGUCGAUAAUUCUCAUUGUGGUGCAUAUUACUCUGGUUGGCUCAAUGGAAGUCACCCUACAGUAAACGAGGGGGCUGUUCAAAGAAGAGUUUGUUUCAGGUAUUACGACAACUGUUGCGAUUUCCCGACUUACAUCAGAGUCCGUAACUGUGGUGGCUUCUACGUUUACCAACUAAAGCCGUUCAUUGUAUGUCAGUCACGUUACUGUGGCAACGGAUACGUAUCAUCGACACCAACGACGCCAGGUACA